AUGUCUAUUGUACUGCCGAGAUUCGAACCUGCCUGCGCGGAAACGCCGACAGCAGACAACGUCGACAUCAGCAUCUACGCAAGCAAUUCGACGUGUGCGACAACGGCAACAUCGACGACAACAACAUCAAGACAUACUAUUCUAUAUACUCUUGUUGUUUCAAGAGGGAACUGGAUUGGAGAAUACCCCUACAGCCCCGGCGCGCCCUGUUCCAAGUGUGACAAGGGCUGCACCUGUAGCGACAGCCUCUGUGACGAAAGCGGCCACGACACGAGCAACGUUAUACAGACUGUGCAAGCACCAGCGGCGGCACCAAUAGCAUAUUACCGCCGAACUGAGUUACAUAGUUCUCAAAGCAAGGCGCCUUUGAAGUCCCUUGGAGUUGUGCAACGUGGCCAGAGUCAUAGUUGGCAAUGGUCUUCAAAGGGGGAUUCAAAAGUCCAGUACAGCCCACAGGUGCAAACCCAGUGGCAGACUCGUACCGUGUACCACAAGAAGCCUGUAUCCUUGCGCGCACUGUCUGGGGGCGAGCGCCAAUCACGUGGCCACGUGAUCAGGUCAGACGCGAGGUCAUCUUCUCGGUGUAUUGAUCGCCUGCCAUCGUGCCGAGCCUGGCAUCGGCAAUGCAAGACGAGCCGCGUGGUUCAGCUGUCCUGUCUGAAGACCUGCAACCGCUGCGACAGUGUGCACCAGAUCAUCAGCUACGACCACAGCAAACGCAGUAAACCCACAACGAACAACGCAAAGGAACGCAACAGGGCAAAGCAGCUUCGUCACAGACCGAACCACCGUGGAACGAUACAGCGCCAGCGUGCUGCGGCUGACGGAGGAACUAGUCCGAGUCGUCAUCGUCGUCGUCAUCGUCGGAUCGGAGCCUCGCAGCCAGGAACAAAAUUAAAGCCGAAGCCAGAUCGUCGUCGGGCUUUCAACGAGGUCGCAAAAUACAGAGGGCAACGGAUGCGAUACGGAGGGCGGAUUUCAACUUCCGGUCAAAACCGGAUGUUUAGAGCGAGAAAAGUUCAGACCAGAAGAAGACAAUCGCCCAGAAGACGACAAAGUUCUCGAAACAAAAGCACCUGUUCUGACGAUGACAAGUACUCGGACAGGUGUACAUACUGGCACCGGAGUGGAUACUGCGCUGAGAACCAGAUGAUGCGAGACGUAUUCUGCAGGAAAACAUGCGGAGGAUGUUGAUUCACAUGAACGCGUCCCGUUAUUCACUUUGUAACAUUAAACCAAAUAAACCACGUGGUAUUCUGAGCUUAGUCACGUGUGCAAUUCAGAAUCUGUAUUGCAAGGAGUCCAUGCAUGGUUUGACCAGAGUGCACGUUUUGUUGGUCGUACAACAACUUUCAGUUCUCCAAUUUGCUUGACAUAUGGCCGGAAACGCCAACAGGUGUCGGAUGUUUCACACUAAGCAUGUCACAGUGACGUGUGCUUAUUUAGAGAACUACUGGGGAUUUAUAUAUUGUUGAUGCAAUAGUCGUUAAAGGUACAAAGUCUUGUAGUGUAUCUGACUCAAAGUUUGUUUCUUGUUUAGAGUAUUCCUUGCUGUAUAUCAAGUGUGUUAUUGGUUGUUUGAUGAUAUUGGGAUUUCAUAAAUACCUUUUAUGAUCAUUGACGGAUCCAGGGAUAUAUUGCGAGGUGGGGCUGGGGGACUAACGGGAAAUGGAUCAACUCGUCAAUAGGGCAUCCAAUGAAAAAGAUGACAAAGGGGCACUUGGAUAUUUUUAAGUGGGCGGAUCACCUGCGCCCCUCCCUCCCCUCCCCCUUGUAUCCACCACUGGUGAUGUGUCAGGAUAAUUCAGGAUAUGUGAUUAUUCGGGACACUUCGAACAUGAGCGUUUACUCGUCUCCAUGACCUGUCUUUAGAACUGUUUAGAGUCAAGACUCAACUUCAAAUGACGUCACAUGCAUGCAAUGUGUAUGGCGUUGCCAUGGUGUUAAAGACUCAGCCUCUUUUUAGACGGGCUAGACUUCAAAAGUUUUAUAAGCAUCAGGCCAGAUUAGUUUGAACAUUUUCCUUUCGGUUGUGGGGUGGCUGAUUAUACAUUCGGAAUAAGGUUCACGUGAUUAUUUUAAGGAAAACGUUAAGUUUUAGACACAAAUAGUUGAACUACCAUACAGUGCUGUAGAAGGACCAGGUACACGUUCCACACUUGAAGCCAACAUGGCCCGGUUCUGGCCAACAUUUAUAUCCUGGCAUAAACAUUUGAUGGCAGUAUACUAUUUCGUUAAGAUCUAUGGAACUGCUAUUGCGCUUUGAAAACUUUGUUUUGUGAUGUAAUGUUACAUGAAAUAAACUGCUUUUAGUACAAAUUAACACAGUAUACACAGUUUUAUAUAUUGUGUAUAUAGAAAUUAGUGUAUGUAUAGAACACAUUGCUGCUAUAAUGCUGCGAAAUAAACUGUAUUAUAUAAUGUAAUGUGACAGGAAAUAAAAUAUGGUUUUGUAUUGCA